AUAUAUAUGUUUUUGUAUUUAUUGCGGGGGUCUUCGCUUCUUCGAUUUCGAUUCAGCUAUUUCAGUUGAAAUUCAGAAAUGGGCCCUUAUCCGAGGGUUCACCCAGCUCGCUUUUAUCGCCAAAACCUUGGUGGCGGCGGCUACGGAGAGCAAAGGUCUUGGCGAGUCGCAUCACAAGAGGGCACCCGGACGUUUAGUGGAGUGUUUGGGGGAGUUGGGGUUGGGGGGUAUCCUAGCGUUUGUCCACCUUUGGUCUUUCCUGGCUUUUCCCGCUGGGGCGUCGGGCUUGGGCUAAUUUGUGGGGGUUGAUAGUGUACCCCGAAGGACUACGGUGACGGGACUUUCAAUGUUGGUGAUUUUAUUAGGGAUCGGAAGGUUGCUACUUGUUUUUGCAAGGAUGCAGGUGCAUUGGAGGGUAUUGUGGAGUGUAUAUAUUGGAAUGUGAGAUUCCAAGGCGAUUUUUCGGCUGGUGGUGGGAGUUCGAGCUAAUCGGUCAUUACAGUGCAGGCCAAAGGAGAUGUAGGAAUUAGGAUCUCCGAUUUAUGGAGGGGUUAAAGCUAACGGAUACAGUUUGGACACUCUGAAAUGGGGGGCAAAGACUUGUGUGGCAGCCGGGGUUCCAGGGAAGGGUAUCAACGGUGUUUUGGAUUUUCAUCAUCUGUUAUACCGGUAUUAUAGGAUUGUGCUAAGAUCGCAUAGAUAUCGUGGGCAACUUGGAAGGAGCCAUCCAUCUGCAUAUAUCCUGGAAUACGCCAGAACGUAGCCAUGUCUACAAGGUUCAGAACCCAUCAUUGGCAAACCACCACCCAAAGCCGUGUGCCAGGCACAGGCACAGCAAACCCAUUACAGAGAAGACACCCAUAGUCGCGAUAACACAAACGCUCACGAGCGCAGUAUGCCAAAUUACAGCUACCAGCACAAAGACCAUUAUUGGUUCUCCUAUAAGAGCUUAAUGUGCCAUCUUGUCUAGCAGACUGCUACAACAACCCAAGCCGUGCCGGGCGGUUCAGUGGCCAGCGAUACAGAGGGGAUGCGCAUCCAAAGGUAGCCAACCUCGGGGAGAACAGCCCCCCGGAGAGGCAAUCCGUCCAAGCUAACAUUCGCCAAAACCGUGCGUGGACAUUUAUAAGAGGUUCGGGCAAGCUGGCGCAGGAAUACGGACCUGGAUUGAAGCAGACCAGGCGAAGCUCACUCGCUGCGAAUGCACGCAUAAGACCUGGGUGAAGGCUGUGUCGGAAUGUGGGCUUAGAAUGGUAUGCCAUACAUUUCUCCCGGCCGGUUAGCGAGGACGGGAAUGCUAAAGGUGGGUAGUGCGCGUCCGAACGAGCUGCUAUCCAACAAGCUGUAGUCUUCGGAUACCAGUUUUGCUUGAAGAAGGGAUUGAUUGAAUUCCCUUAUCCCGGUGGUUUGCACACUUCCUCACUUCUCUGUUUCCUACGGUUGCUAACCGGGGGAUGGAUCAUAGGACUAGUAUCACCCCUAGGGAUCAAGGUUCCCGCAAACGUCACGCUCCCGGAUCGCAUUACCACCGCAGCCAAUAGCGUUGGAGGAGCACCCAACUUCCCAAUGCUGGAUGAUGAUGGUGACGGAAUGAUGUUUGGACCCGUCUCUUGGAAAAUACUUCCCGAGGGUUCCAUAAUUGUACUUGCGUUCCUCCUCACAGCCUGUUCCACGGCUGUGUAGUGUGAAUACUCGUAGACGUUUCUGACCGCCACCGCCUCAUCCCGGUGUCUCUCCAGCGGGAUACUGCUUUGCAAAAGGGAUCUUUUUCAUUUUCACUAUCAUUUCUCACGGCGUACGUGGUCAAUGUAUAUAUGCGCAAUUUCCGCACUGGUCCUUCCCCUAUAAAUUUUCUUCACCCUUGCUGUCCUCUCCCACCUUCCCCUUCUCUCUCUCUUUUGUAACAUGAGAUUGAUUGGUGAAGGGUGAGGGCGGUGAGCUGGAAUUUCCCUUAUCCCCAAACCGAUCACCCAUCCCGUCGCCCGACCCGUAGAUAUGAUAGAACCCCCCAUCCCUCCCCAUCAGGUCUACUGAUCGAACAUGCACGUACAAUACAAUACAAUCCUGUCAUAUACCCACCUGAUCCCGGUCACCGCGACGCCGUAACAUAACCGGACCAGUUGGUGAGAGUUCACCGAGAGACCGACUUAAGUUGCCGGGCGUUUGCAGGGCUUGGGUACGGUAGCGUGUCGGUGCCCAAGUAGAUGGGCGGAGGGGGGCAUGCGAGGUUAUUGUACUAGGGCGCUACGUAGUAAGGUGGCCCCACCCGGAUAGAUGGGCAGAGAUAGCGGUUGGUGAGGGGGGAAGGGAGAAUCUCAGAGUGGUCCAAUGGUCCAAUGGUCCAAUGGAGGAGUGAGAGAGUGUGACGGGUGGGUCAGGGUUUCUUCCACAACUGAGAAAGGAAAAAAGGAAAGAAAGCUGGCGGGCUCUGGUAACUUAUGAUAAUCCCGACUAUCAUGGGUUGA